GUGUGUGAAAAUUAGUAAGACUUUGUGAAUAACUUAUAUAACAAAAUUAAGUGAAGUUAGUAAGAAGCGGUUUCGAAAGGACUUUUCAACUUGUCCUAAGCAAUAAUUAUAUAACUGAAUUACGAAUAUCUCUGAAUUAAUUAAAAUAAAUUAACAGAAAAUAAAAUAGUCAUCAUGUUGAAAGUGAAGCUGUAUCAUGUUCUGGUAUUGUUCACACUACUUUGUUGCGUAGUUAGCACAGCGAAAAUGGUGGCUCCCAACAGCGACCAGUACCAACUAAUGCAGCGUACGUCAAUACUCUUCGGCUUAACAGUGAUUAGUCGUCCGGAUAUGGUGAGCCAAAACUGUUAUACACAACUGCAGGAGGUACAAAAGGCUAUGCUUAUGCAACAACCUUGGGCUAUGAAGAUGUUCGAUGCAUCAGGCGUUCGAGAGCCUGGAUUCACAAUGGGCAACGGCAUCUGGGUGGGUAGUCGUGACACAUGUAAUGCUGUUAAAACACCCGUUAAUCUCAAACUAUCUACACAUGUACCACACAAAAUGAAUCCAAAAAUAUUGACAGAUACAGCGCCAUUUCCCACAGACUAUCGUGUCGUGAAUUUGUGGCACAACUCCACAUGGCAAAUGGAUCCAGUGUAUAUCUACUAUGAACCGCGCAUUAGUAUCGGUCUGUGUUUGCCAAGCGCAUGUACAGUAGCUGAGAUUAGUCAACUAAUGGCCGCCUAUGUGGAGGAUGAGCUGUUUGUGUCGAAUGAUGUUUAUGAUAUGCGCAUGCGUGUUGAAGGCGUCAAGGAUUUAAAAUUACGUACUGGCUUCUAUUCAAGACCUUCGUUGCUAGUUUUUAUCGGCUGCUGGUUACUAACACUCCUGCUGACAUUUCUAGCCUUGUGGCAACGUAUGAAGCGUAAUAUCGAAACGGCUGAGGUGGUUGCAAAUGGCACGAAUUCUACGAACGAUCAUCUAAAAACGACGAGCCAUAAGAGUACGCAAUCGUUUUAUAAUAAGUUUAUUGUCUGUUUUGAUGUUCAAAACAACUGGGAGUUGCUUUUCCCUAAGGAUGCAUCUGCUGCUCCUAUUGGUACAGAGGCUUUUCCCGCGGUGAAUGGUUUACGUUUUUAUGGCGCCAUGGUCGUAGUAUUAUUCCAUCUACUGUGUUGCAGUUACCUGGCAUCAAGUAAUAAAGCCGCGCAUUACAAAUUAACGAGUGAUAUUGGAAAUUUCGAUAUUUUCGUCGAUUUAUUUUUUACAAUGAGUGGCUUCCUACAAACAUACCACUUUUUCCGAAACACCAAAACUAUUAAAACCAUGCGAAGAGGUGGAUUCAUGAAAAAUGCGAAAACGGUAUUUACGUAUAUAUUGCAUCGUUUGAUUCGACUGGGUCCUUUGUACUUCAUUAGCAUCUGCCUGGCCGAUGCUGGCUGGCUUCUUAUGGACGAUAUAUCGGUUUUCCACUUUAGCCACAAAUUAUACGCGAACUGUGAGCAGUAUUGGUGGCGCAGUGCGCUCUUCAUACAAAAUUUCUUCAAACACGACGAUUUGUGCUUGUUUUGGACGUGGUCAUCCGCGUGUGAUAUGCAAUUUUACAUCUUCAGUACGAUACUACUUUUCAUCUAUGUGAAACACCCAAGAGCGGGCAAAGCUCUUACACUCGCUACUGUUGUAGCAAAUUUGAUCUACAGCUCCUAUAUCGGCAUCACAAUGAAUUAUAUGUAUUCCUUUGAGACCACAGUGGCGUUAUUUACGGAGCUCUAUAUGAACUCGUUGUCACGUGUGCUGGCCUACGUAAUUGGCGGUUUAGCUGGCUGGUUUUUCGUACAGAACCAAAAAAGGCAACUGUAUGCGAAUUUCUUUCAAAAUCAGUCGCUGCAGGAGUAUCUCGGCUGUUCGGCGAUCAUUUGUUUCUUUACAAUCAAUUUUGCCAAUAUCUCAGAAGGUUACUCAGUGGGUUUCUAUGUGGCAAUGCUGAUCGUUCAACGUGUGAUAUUUUCAUCAAGUGUUUGUCUGCUGAUAUUCGCAAAUGCGGCGGGUAGUGURAAGUGGUUCUUUGGAUUGUUGGAGAAUCCACUCUUCAAGAAAUUCAAUCAAAUUACAUAUGCAAUGUUCCUCUUACAUCCAGUACCCAUGGGGCUGCUCGCAAGCUUGAAUAAUAUUGGUCGCUAUAGCAGUCCAUAUAAUUUAGCAAUCGAUUACAUUAGCGUUUGCACCAUACUGUUCUUCUUCUCCACCAUUUUUUCAUUAUUUUUCGAAGUACCCUAUAAGAAUAUUUCUAAAAUGUUAGUCCAGCCCACCAAACCCAAGACGAACUAAAUACUGUUUGCUAGUAUGGAGCUUGGUGGAAUUAAAUCUAAGAAUGCAGCGACUUUUAUUGUAACAGUGGAAUAAUUGUUUCCAGCAAAAUGUAUAUAAUGAUAUAUUUUAUAUCUGUAUGACAAUGAUAAUUUAUAAUAAAUGUGUCACUUUA